AUGGCGCCGAAACCCAAGGUCGAACAGACGGUGAAGAUCACGUCGGAGGAGCCUCAUGGCUAUGAGUUUCUGGGGCCUCCCGGGGCCUUUGUCAUCUCAUUCGGUCUUCCACUUCUGGUCUACCUGUUCACCUUCCUUUGCAAUGAUAUCUCAGGAUGCCCUGCACCCUCACUACUUAGCCCUUCAACCGUCACCCUCGAACAGCUGAAGAAAGAGGUGGGAUGGACCGGCUUCUCAGGCCUGCUUAAUGUCCAGGCUUUCCUGGGUACGCUGAGCUACUACUUCCUCAGUCUGGCUUUGUAUUCGUUCCUCCCGGGUGACGAGCACCAUGGUACUGAGCUCAGGUCUGGUGGACGGCUCAAGUAUAGUUUCAAUUCCUGGAACUCCGCGCUCUUUAUCGUGGCUAUCCUGGGCGCCGGUACCCUUUCUCACGGUGCUGAAUUCCCUGUCUGGACCUUCAUCACCGACAACUACAUCGGCAUCUUGACUAGCAACAUGCUCAUAUCUUACUUCCUCGCUACAUACUGUUACGUCCGCUCCUUCAGCGUCACCCACCCUAAGGAUCCUAGCAAGCGUGAACUAGCCGCCGGUGGCCGCACUGGCAACAUGUUGUACGACUGGUUCAUCGGUCGGGAGCUAAACCCGCGCGUCGUCUUUCCUAUUUUCGGCGAAGUCGACAUCAAAGCGUGGUGUGAGCUGCGCCCAGGCAUGCUGGGGUGGAUUAUUUUGGAUCUCGCCUUCAUCAUGAAACAGUACCGCAACUUCGGACGGGUCACGGACUCGAUUAUCCUGAUAACGAUUGCGCAGACGGUGUAUACCUUUGAUGCCCUCUUCAUGGAGCCCGCCAUUCUCACCACCAUCGACAUCAUUGCUGACGGCUUCGGCAUGAUGCUUUCCUUUGGCGACCUGGUCUGGGUGCCAUUCACAUACAGCAUUCAAGCUCGGUAUCUGUCCGUCUACCCCGUUGAUCUCGGUCUCAAAGGCGUAGCAGCAGUCCUCGCGGUUCAGAGUAUAGGCUAUUACAUCUUCCGCUCUGUGAACAACGAGAAGAAUCGCUUCCGCACAAACCCCGAAGACCCGCGUGUCAAGCAUCUCAAGUACAUCGAGACAGCUUCUGGAUCUAAGCUCCUCGUUUCUGGAUGGUGGGGAACGGCGAGGCAUAUCAAUUACCUGGGUGACUGGUUCAUGAGCUGGUCCUACGUCCUGCCCACGGCAUUAUCCGGUUAUGUCAUCCGCAAUGUUGCCCAGCACCCCAUCACUGCUACCCAGGCCGAUGCGUACCACUUCCGAAACAGCUAUGGCAAAUACGUUGUCCCGGAUGCCGCCAAGGGCUGGGGCAUGAUCUUCACCUACUUCUUCAUGGUGUACUUUGCGGUCCUGCUCGUCCAUCGCGAGCGCCGUGACGAAGAAAAAUGCAGGAGAAAAUACGGCAAGGACUGGGAUCGAUACGUCGAGUUGGUACCCUGGAGGAUCAUCCCAGGUGUUUACUAG